GCAUGAAAAAAUUCAUACUGGAGAAAAACCAUAUGAAUGUAAACAAUGCAGUAAGGCAUUUUUAAGUAAAAGUCAUCUUCAUAGGCAUGAAAAAAUUCAUACUGGAGAAAAACCAUAUGAAUGUAAACAAUGCAGUAAGGCAUUUUUAAGUAAAAGUCAUCUUCAUAGGCAUGAAAAAAUUCAUACUGGAGAAAAACCAUAUGAAUGUAAACAAUGUGGUAAAGCCUUUAUAUGUAAGAGAGAUCUUCAUGUACAUGAAAAAAUUCAUACUGGAGAAAAACCAUAUGAAUGUAAACAAUGUGGUAAAGCCUUUAGAUGGCACAGUUAUCUUCAGUUACAUGAAAAAACACACACUGGAGAGAAACCCUAUACAUGUAAACAAUGUGGUAAAGUCUUCACACGAUACAGUUACCUGCAAGUACAUGAGAAAAUUCACACUGGAGAAAAACCAUACGCAUGUAAACAAUGUGGUAAGGCCUUUAGAUGGCACAGUUAUCUUCAGUUACAUGAAAAAAUUCAUACUGGAGAAAAACCAUAUGAAUGUAAACAAUGCAGUAAGGCAUUUGCACGUAAAAGUCUUCUUCAUUGGCAUGAAAAAACGCAUACUGGAGAAAAACCAUAUGAAUGUAAACAAUGUGGUAAAGCCUUUAGAUAUAAGAGUCAUCUUAAUUUACAUGAAAAAAUUCAUACCGGAGAAAAACCAUAUGAAUGUAAUCAAUGUGGUAAAACCUUUAGAUGUACCAGUUAUCUUCAUUUACAUGAAAAAAAUCAUACUGGAGAAAAACCAUAUGAAUGUAAACAAUGUGGUAAAGCCUUUAUAUGCACCAGUUAUCUUCAUUUCCAUGAAAAAAUUCAUACUGGAGAAAAACCAUAUGGAUGUAAACAAUGUGGUAAAGCCUUUAGAUAUAAGAGUCAUCUUAGUUUACAUGAAAAAAUUCAUACUGGAGAAAAACCAUAUGAAUGUAAAGAAUGCAGUAAGGCAUUUACACGUAAAAGCCUUCUUCAUAGGCAUGAAAAAAUUCUGAAGACUAUCAAGGUCCAGCUAGCUUUUGAAAUCACCAGCAAUUUACUGAAAUUAGAAGACAAGCAGUGUGUCCCCAUGGUUCCAUAUUUUGGUAACUUUUUGCCUUUGGACAUUGUAAAAGAAACACUGAAGAAGCAAAGAGUUAUAGAUUGGCUGAUAAAGCAGCAAAGAGAGCUGCUCUAUAUGGAGCUGUACGUCCUGAGAGAACCUGUCCUGUUCACUAUUCACACAGCCGGCCCCACGCUCACUGUGGCCACGCUCUCCUCAGCGGCCUACAGAACCCUAACUUCAGCCAUAGACCGGAACCGGCAGUGUGGAACCCAGGACCUGGCACCUGCAUUUAUCCCGCCUUCCACCUCCCUUCAGUGCUCCUGA